AUGGCCCUAGUUACCAUCAAUGGACACUCUUCCAAGUUCCUCUUCUCAGUCAAUCGUCCCUUGUACCCCUUCCUACGCUCGCUCGACGAAGAGAGCCAAUCCCUAGCUCUUACGCUACUGGUACUCUGUGAUGUCAAGUACCGCGCUCUUUAUCUUUACUAUUUUGCCCUCUUUUUCAUCAUAACGCGUGCUCUUGUACGACCUUGGGCUUCGACUAUACCCGACUUCCACACAUCAGGAGAGGGCUUUGUCGAACGCAAACGCCUUUCCCAUCUCCAAAUCACUUUUUCUCUUCUAGUUGGGCCUCAAGGCCGCGCCACUGACUGGGUGGAUGGAACGGACAUGGCAUGA